GCUCCUUUGACACAAAGACAAAACACAAUAGGGAAUCUACCAACAGGCAAGCUCCCCCAGGGCAGGAGCAGAUCCUAUAGAAUCCCAUCCCGCCUUUCAGCCUACGGCCUCAGCCCACCACAGCUUCCGUCGGCCUGUUCUUUGACCAGCUGCACGGCACAUCCCAGAACAGCUGACCUGACCUGCAACCACCACCGCAACAACAAUUACAACUGCUGUUCCUGCCCCUGCUGCCACAGCUGCUACCACAGCCUACUCCCGCUGAUACCAGACGUGCACACAAGAAACAUACGCCCACACCCAAACACCACACACCCAAACACCACAAUGGUCGACCGUCCCAACAAGCCCUCGGCUCUGGCAGCCACGCCACAGCAAUCCCACGCCCAGCCCACCGUCAACAUCGAAGACGGCCGCGUCAAGGCUGCACUCCCCACUGGCGAGUCGGUCGAGGUCCUCCUGCACGGCGCCACCGUCCUCAGCUGGAAGGAUGCGGGCGGCAGCGAGAAGCUCUGGCUGAGCGAGGGCGCCGCGCUGGACGGGAGCAAGGCCGUCAGGGGAGGCAUCCCGCUCGUCUUUCCGGUCUUUGGUACCGCGCCCGACCACGCCGCCACGUCCAAGCUGCCGCAGCACGGCUUCGCGCGCUCGUCGCGCUGGGAGUUCCUGGGCAAGUCCACCAGCGAGUCGGCCAGCAACUCGGCCGCCGAGGACCUCUCCGUCAAGCUCGACUUUGGCCUGAGCAGCUCCUCGCUCGACGCCGACACCCGGAAGCUGUGGCCCUACGAGUUCGACAUCAUCUACAGCGUCACCCUGGAGCGGACCAGCCUCGCCACCGCCCUGGUCAUCACCAACAAGGACGACAAGCCCUGGGAGUUCCAGGUGCUUGCGCACACUUAUCUGAGGGUCAAGGACAUCACCCAGGUCUCGGUCGAGGGCCUCGACGCCUCCGAGUACAUCGACAAGGUCGACUCCCUGAAGACCAAGACCCAGUCGUCCAGCGUCACCAUCACCGGCGAGACAGAUCGCGUCUACACGCCCGCCAAGGGCCCCCGCGAGCCGGUCAAGGUCAUCGAGGGCGGCAAGCCCGUCUUCUCGGUCGUCCGCGACAACCUGACUGACCUCGUGGUGUGGAACCCCUGGUCCGAGAAGGCUGCCGGCAUCGGCGACUUCGCGCCCAAGGACGGCUACAAGAACAUGAUCUGCGUCGAGGCGGGCAGCGUGAAGGGAUGGCAGACGCUCGAGGCCGGGGACGCCUUCGAGGGCGCCCAGACGAUCUUGUCUCUGUGAAGGUGCGGGCGUUGGCCUGGUGACGGAGAGGGUCAUAGGUUCUGCAAGCUGUAGUGCUUGUGAGGGGUGCAAGGAUGUAGGCCAAAUGAUUUCCAGGGCCUUUUGGGGCGGAUAGAAUCUGUCGGUGAUGGGAGUGGAAUAUUUGUGCUGGCAUGACUGAUGCGCAGCCGAGGGGGGGGGGGGGGUCGUUGC